AUGACUGCCAUCACCCGCAACCUGCCGUGGUUCGUCAAGGACCUAGGGGUCGCCAUUGUCGGCCAGCAUUGCUAUUCGUCUCUCGUCGAAAACCUAGACCUGGGCGAUGUAGCCUGCCUCAAAUACUCCCUCUCCAAGGGCCUGGGAGUGGGCAUUGUCCUCGGCGGCUCCAUCAUGAAAGUGCCUCAGCUGCUUCUCAUCGUAUCCGCACGGUCUGCGCGCGGCAUAUCCCUCAUCGCAUACGUCCUCGAGACACUGGCCUACGCCAUCACCCUCGCCUACUCCUACCGCAACGAGUUCCCCUUCUCCACUUACGGCGAGAACCUCUUCCUCACCCUCCAGAACGCCGUCAUCACCCUCCUUAUCAUACAUUACCCUGCAACGAGACAACUCACGCGGGCCCCGUCAUCUGCACCGCGCGUGGCUUCAGCCGCACUCGCCAUGGUCCUAUGCGCCGCAGCCUUCGUCUUCCUCCCAAAGUCUGCGCUCACUCCCCUCCAGCUCGCAACGCUCCCUCUGUCCCUCUUUUCCAAGUUUCCGCAAAUACGGCAGAACUACCGCUCCAAGAGCACCGGCCAGCUCUCUGCCUUCGCGGUCAUCGCCCAGAUAGGCGGCUGCCUCGCGCGCUUGUUCACCACCGCGACCGAAGUCGGGGACCCUCUCGUCAGCGCAGGCUUUGCCCUGGCCCUCGCGUUGAACUGCAUCCUCGGCGCGCAGAUGUGGAUAUACUGGGGUCAGGAAGAGAAAGACGACUACGGCAAGGUAUCGAUUGGGCUGACUACGCUCAAUACGCCCGCCGAGGAGAAGCAGAGGCAGUGGUCGUCCGCACCAACCCCGGCUAUAUCGAGCGCGAAAGUUGAAGUCGUCGUUCCUCCUCAGUCGCCGAGGGCCUCUGGUGGAAGGAAGUGGGCCAGAAAAGUUGAUUGA